AGGAAAGUUUGAAAAAUGAAGACAUUAGCAAGAUUUGUUCUGGGCCUUGUCAUCUUGGAUGCUGCUGUGGCUGCACCAACUCUAGAGUCCAUCAACUAUGACUCAGAAACCUAUGAUGCCACCUUGGAAGACCUGGAUAAUUUAUACAACUAUGAAAACAUCCCUAUUGAUCAAGCUGAGAUUGAAAUAGCGACAGUGAUGCCUUCAGGGAACAGAGAGCUCCUCACUCCACCCCCACAGCCCAAAGAAGCCCAGGAGGAGGAGGGGGAGGAGGAAUCCACCCCCAGGCUGAUCGAUGGCUCUUCCCCACAGGAGCCCGAAUUCACGGGGGUUCUGGGCCCCCACACCAAUGAAGACUUUCCGACCUGCCUUCUGUGUACCUGUAUAAGUACCACCGUAUACUGUGAUGACCACGAACUUGAUGCUAUUCCUCCAUUACCCAAGAACACUGCUUAUUUCUAUUCCCGCUUUAACAGAAUAAAAAAGAUCAACAGAAACGACUUUGCAAGCCUAAAUGAUUUAAGAAGGAUUGAUAUGACAUCAAAUUUAAUAUCUGAGAUUGAUGAAGAUGCAUUCCGAAAGCUGCCUCAACUUCGAGAGCUUGUUUUGCGUGACAACAAAAUACGGCAGCUCCCAGAAUUGCCAACCACUUUGACAUUUAUUGAUAUUAGCAACAAUAGACUUGGAAGAAAAGGGAUAAAGCAAGAGGCAUUUAAAGAUAUGUAUGAUCUCCAUCAUCUAUACCUCACUGAUAACAACUUGGACCACAUUCCUCUGCCCCUCCCAGAAAACCUACGGGCCCUUCACCUCCAGAAUAACAACAUUCUGGAGAUGCAUGAAGAUACAUUCUGCAAUGUUAAAAAUUUGACUUAUAUUCGUAAGGCACUAGAGGACAUUCGAUUGGAUGGAAACCCUAUCAAUCUCAGCAAAACUCCUCAAGCAUACUUGUGUCUACCUCGUUUGCCUAUUGGGAGCCUUGUCUAAUUUCAGAUAAUGGUUAGCAUUAUGAGGCCUACCAUAGCAAAACAAUUCUUACUGCUUUCUUCAAAAACAAAACUCAGCAUGAUACUUUCAAAUCAUGUUCUGAAAGAUGAAAAUAAUUACAUGAAAUAUUUAAUACAACUAAAAGUGUUAAAUUCUGAUGAAAAUUUAAUAAUUUAAGAAAACACUAAAUGGGGUAAGAAUAAAUUUACAAGAUGUACAGAAAGAACAAAACUAAGUGAUACAAAAUAUUUCACAGAUAUUCUUAUAAAUCACAUAUAACUUGCAAAUUUUAGGGGUUCAUAUCCUAUAUAAUUUCAAGUUAAGUCUGUAAUAAAGAAAAGUUUUAAAACACUUCAGCUAUUUUGCCAAGAUUUAGAUGUUUUUAAUUAAACCUUUGUAUUCCUUUUUUUCACUAAAGCAUGUUUUUUUCCCCUAAUUCAUUAAAGCAUGAAGAAAAGAAUAAAUGUAUUUGAAAAUUA